AUCAACAUGACACUGCGAGCGUCGCUACAGAAGCUGAAACAGAACAUCACCCAGCUCAGAGAGAGUUUGCUCCGAGCCUCGUCCUCCCGGCGCAUGUAUCCUUCCUCCUGGUCAUGUGACUGAUGAUACGCAGUACAGUGAACCAAACCGGUUUGGUUUCACAUUCAUGACACUGCAGUGUUGUUGUAUGGAAAGGUCCUGUAGAGGGCAGUGUUUUGUAAGAAAUUGCAUCUAACCUUCACUCUCUGCAAUGAGAAUCUGUGAAUUGCAUUGUCUGUUACUUUAAAGAUUAAUGACAGUAGUAUGAUAGUCCAAGUCCUUGUUAAAAAUAUAUUGUAUUUUUUACCAUCAUUUUACCAUAAUCUCGACCUUAACACAACCGCCCCUCCAGAAUGCAGUCGGAAGCCGAUCGGAGACAGAACCUUGUGGACGACCUGGUCACCAGGGACAAGCAGCUAAAUGCCACGUUCAAGGGUGACGUUACACAGCCAGAGCCCUCGAGGUAUUUCUCCCUCUUACAGCUCAUUAAGUAUAAGUCAUUCACACACACACACACACACACACACACGGCUCAUUAAGUCUCCUUUUAGCAUACGCCACUCAUUGUAAGUGAAUGUAAAUGCUCCAGAACCUCAACAUCAGUCAUAGGCAAUUGGUGAUGCACCAAAGCCCAUCCUGCCAGCGGAGAACUAUAUUUUUCUAUCUGCUAGUACUGCCAAUUAAUCUGAGUCUUGACUUUGUCUCAGCCCAGAGGGGUCUAACGGAUCCACGGUUUCCUUUGAGGAUAAGUCACUGGUCACUAACUUUGUGUGCAAAGAAAGUCUUCGGACUUCCGUACAACCUUUUGUUUGACCCCAUCCGACGCCAUUGGAAGUCUGGUCUGCCAUAUUGGGGGCCGGCGCAGGGCAGUUGACUUCUGAAUCACUCAGUUUCUCAUUCAUCAAGAGGCUUUACUUGCCUUGCACUGGUGAUCACACGCUUGGCACUUCCCGAAACUGGUACGCUGGGGCUCAGUGAAAAAUAUUAAAGGGGUCGGAUGAAAAAAGUGCAACCCGAGCUUUUCGAGUUUACAGUUUAUCACUCUCCGCUGAGCUCAUAUCCUCAUCCUGUCAUCCUCAUCCGCCAGUGGACCAAUCAAAGCACUGGACGCCACCGGCUAUAUCCUGUAUUCUCAUAUUAUUCCUAAUUGUAGUGACAGCUCUGCACAGGAGCUUAGGAAAACACUUAGGAAAACGGUAAUUACUUAGCAUCGGGCUUGACCUGCCCCAUCCCAGGUGACAUGAAUUUGGACAGUCGGGAGGUGAAAUGAAUGACGCUCACUCAGUGGUAAUGGCACAGACUUCCGCUUUCAGGUUUUGAGUAUGUAUUGUAUGUGAAAUUAAAUGAGAGUCAAACCCCAUUCAUUUGACAGGAUCGUGUUCUUUUAAUAACACACAGGCUACAGGGAUAAUACAGAGGUUUUCAAUUUACCACAGCAAAGCACUGCAGUGUGUGCCUUCUGCCUGAACCAAGGCAGCUUACCUUCAAAGAAUAGUGGAAUGGCCAUGUGGGGUAAAAGUGUGCUAAAACUCACAAUCAGUCAUCGAUUGAUCAAAUUAGCAGACUUUAGAAACGUUAAACUCUUUUCUUAUUAGUCUGAUCUGAGACUGCUCCGUUUAUACGUGUUUCGAUUAAUCCACUUUGGGGCUAAAAGCGGGGAGGGAAGGGAAUGCUUGCUUUCAUCUUUUUAUAGAUCCCACACCCAAUUACGAACAUUGGUGGCCCAUAACUAAAUCAAAUGACAACUAAUGAAUUACACGGUUGAUCUUACUCAUGUGAUCUUACCGUUUCAAGUUUGCCCGGGAAACUAUAUACUGAUGUACAGUGUGUAGUGUACUUUGUUGCUGACGUGGGGUGGGUGGAUGAUUUGGGAGGGGUGGGUAGUGGGUAGGUAGGCCUGGCACUCAGUGUGUGGUCUUUGAGGUGGGUGGGUAUUAGCCUCGCUUGGAUAACCUAAGCUGUUCCAUUUUUUUGAGGAGUGAGGUUUGUUGGGGAUAAGGGGGCUUAUUUUAUUUGUGAAACAAUACAUUAGAGAGAGAUUAGCCUCUAAUCAAGCAAAGAAGGGACAUGGCGCCUCCAUUUUGAAGGCUCACUGCACCCCUGACCCCCUUGGAACCCCCUCUCCCCUCUACCACCCCUUUUCCCUUUCCCAAUAACCUCUCCUUUAUAUUUGAUCACUCCUGCAAAAAGUCGGAAUGAGUUAAAUCGGCCCUGUCCGAGUUAGAGCCUUAGAGGCCUGUCUGUCUGUCGGUUCCUCGGUGGCGGGGGUGUGUGAUGCGGGCUGCCCAGAGAUGCCUGAUUAAGUUGGCGGGCCCCAGUGGGCGGUUAAUUGGAUAAGCUUUAAUCUUCACACGGCGGGAGGAAGUGGAGAUCCGCCACGCGGUAGGAUAGUUACCAAACAUGUCAGAAAGAUUAGUUUAGCGCUGGCUGCCGGCCUCCUUGUCUCGCCCCGGCCGCCGCUGCAAAGUAAGCUGGGCCAAGGAAUAAAGAGAGGGAGAUGGGGUGCUUCAAACUUCACACUCGCCCUCGGAAAGCGGAAGGAAGGAGGUGGCGUCAUGGCGCCAUGCUUGAAACACAUCACAACAAACUUUGAGCGCAAAUUUAGGACAACCUGUCCUGUCCUAUACCAGCGGAAGGAGAGGAACUUCAUAAAGUCAACAAGUAUACCUAAUUGAGGUUUCUGAUCACACAAUUCCUUUACCUGCUGACAUUGUGGAUUGUUAUCCUCACAGUGGUUAAGAGCAUGGAAUCACAUCUACAAUAACAUGUUUUUCAUUCUUUUCAACAUGGUGUACCACAAGGAUUUGAUGAGCCAUAUGAUAUUGUAGUAAAUGGGCUUUGUUAAGGGAAGUGGAGGAGAAUCCUUGAGAUUUAAGUGGCUACUUCAGACAGCCAAUGGCUAUCAUCCUAAUUCCACUGUCAGCCAAUGGCUGUCCCCCAAGGUCCCCUGACAGCCAAUGCCAGUCCUCCAGUCAGCCCAGUCAGCACUGUCUGAGGUGAAUUGCUGGUCCUGGGUCUGACCAGUAGGUGACACUGUCUUGACGGACAGGGUUGAUCUAUCUGUACUAAGAGAGACCUCAACACCUCACCACAACACAACCUCGGGGUCUGAGGCAGCCUUUAGACAGCUUUUUCCCAUUACCAGAAAAAUAGCUUGAAACCACACAACAGUGUUAAGCACUACACAACACAAUAAGAGCACUCUGGUCUGCCUGCUGUUUGUGUGUGUGUGUCUGUGUGUGUCCGUUUGUGUCAGUCAGAGUGAAACCCGGCUGGAACCUUGAGGGCCUGUGGCUGUGUAUGAUUAGCAUGCAGUGUUUACAUGUCGAACAAGCCGGUCCUAGUUUUUUUUUAAAGCAACAAAACAUAUCUGCUUCCUUGUUCAGAAAGUAAAAACCAAACAAGAAAAUAAAUAAGCGUUGUCUCAUCUGAAGGGUUCUGAAGGGAAGGAAAUGUUAUUUGUUGUUACAAAAGUCGACAUCAGAUGAGUAACAGGAGUGUUACAGAUGUAAUUGCUUGCUACAGAGGUUGUACCGUGGGUUGACAAUGUGUGUCGGUUGUUCUGACGUGUGUCCCGGCCCGGUGAUUGACAGGUACAGGGAGUGCGUUCGCUACACCCUUGGCAUGCUGAUCAUGUUGUUGUGACGUUCCCCAGGUCGACCCUGAUGACGGGGGCGGGGGGAGAAGGAGGGGCCGCGGCCAACCCCUGGCUGGUCAAUGAGCCAGAGGAGACCAGGGGCCUGGGCUUCUCCCAGAUCAAACAGCAGCAGCAGCGCAUCAUCGAAGGUAAGGUUACACAACGUUCAGAUAACAAUGUAUGGUAUAGAACAGAUAUGAUUGUCUGUCAGGUAGACUAGAGGGUGUUGUCAGCUCUAUUCAUUUUAUAUCUAUCUGCAAAGGUCAGAACGUUUCACAUCACUGACUCUGAAUAGACCCCUGAUCAGAUCUAGGAUCAGCUUGUACCUUCAGAGUCCUAACUUUACCCAUUAGAGGAGGGGGAUGGAAAACUGACCUGUGAUCAGUGCCUCUAGUAGGAAACACAGAGGUGGCAGUCCUCCUCGAGGCUACACCUUGAUAACUAUAUCCACACUGUCACAGGAUGAGGUGAACACAGUAACUCACAUUCAGCAGAUACGUUUUCCCUGCAUCUCCCAGUUCCUAAAUGUUCCCACAUGCACUGUAACUGCAACAUCCAGGCUGAUCCUAGUACAGUUCACCUGACUCCACAUGACUCUCCUCUGUUAUGUCUCCAUUACGGUUCUGGUUGCGAUCUGGCUAUUGUCCGUAUUGUAUGGGGAUACAGUGAAACCGCAUCAAGGUUUUAAGCCCCCAUUGGGAUUUCCGGUUGGAAGUUUAGGGCCUAUAGUGAGCGACCAAAUCUGUGGUCGCCUGAAUUCCUGUGGUGGUGUCUGUGUCAAAUACAGAGACAAGGGGCCUUCUCCUCACCAAUUCCCUGAACCCCAUUGAGCACAUACUAAAACCUGGACAAACUCAGUGUAACACUACUCCACUGUAAAAUUGUGAUAGAGAAUAAUAGUUUCCCACAAGUUAUGUAUCCGUCUCUUUCAUAAAGUUACUUUUCAGCUGCCCCGCUCUUCUUUUUCACCCGGUACAGUUAGACCAGUUAGAAUAACAGAAGUCAGGCUGAGGUGUUUGUGUGUUUGUGCGUACAUGCAUGUCUUUGUCGUGUGUGUGUUUUAACCUCUACGGGAUCGGUGUCCCGUAUACGGGACGGUUGAGCUAACAUGCACUAAUGUAAUUAGCAUGACUGUUGUAAGAGUAACAGCAAACUUUCCAGGACAUAGACAUGUCUUAUAUGGGCAGAAAGCUUAAAUUCUUGUUAAUCUAACUGCACUGUCCAAUUUACAGUAGCUAUUACAGUGAAAAAAUACCAUGCUAUUGUUUGAGGAGAGUGCACAACAACAAAAAACGCAUCACGGCAACUGGUUUGAUACAUUCACCUCUGAAGGUAAAUAAUGUACUUACAUUCAGUAAUCUUGCUCUGAUUUGUCAUCCUAUGGGUCCCAGAGAUAAAAUGUAGCAUAGUUUUGUUUGAUAAAAAUCCAUUUUUAUAUUCAAAUGUAGGAACUGGGUUCUACAGUUUGAACCCCUGCAGUCUCUGGCUUCACACCCAACCCGCCCGGCCAUCUAGAUGUGUGAAAGUUAAUGUCUAAGCUAAUGAUCCAUCAUGUAUGACAUUCCUGGGAGUGUGUAAACUUACAUUUUGUAUUACCAUAUCAUUUUUGUAUGUUCUCUAUAGUUGCGUACUUGAAAAUGUAUCAAUUGACCAAUUCGGCACAUUUGGGCAGACUUGAUACAAAAUAGUUCAGUAUUGCAACGCUUCACUGGAUCAAUCUGAAACGUUGCGUACACACUGCUGCCAUCUAGUGGCCAAAAUCUAGAUUGCGCCUAAACUGCAAUAUUAUAUUGUGGCCUUUCUCUUGCAUUUCAAAGAUGAUGGAACAAAAAAACAAAAAACUCAGGUUUUUUGUUUGUAUUAUCUUUUAACAGAUCCAAUGUGCUUUAUUCUCCUACAUUAAUUUCACAUUUAAAAUUUCCUGUAAAAUGGUAUCAAGAAUAUGCAUAUCCUUGCUUCAGGUCCUGAGCUACAGGCAGUUAGAUUUGGGUAUGUCAUUUUAGGCGAAAAUUGAAAAAAAAGGGUCCUAUCCUUAAGAGGUUAAGUGCUGAGUGAAUCAGAGCUGAACCCCAAUAGCAUAGCUUGUCAUUCCUACUCACCAAAUGGUUGCCAUGUGAAAUCACAGUGCACUAAGUAUUAAAAUGUAUUCACUCACUAACUGUAAGUCGCUCUGGAUAAGAGCGUCUGCUAAAUGACUAAAAUGUAAAAAAUAACUAAAUUGCUCCCUCUCUACCAAUGGUUCAUUAACAGUAUUUGCAUGUGGGUUGAAUGGGGUUUUCCUAAUUGUGGGUUGUUUAUUGAUGAACUGUAUAAUGCAGGAAUCAUCAACUAGAUUCAGCUACAGGCCUAUUUUGUUUUCUUGAGGGGAUGGUCAGGGGGACGGAACACAAUUACAAAUAAUUUGUAGACUGCAAAUUGACUGCAAGAAGCCCAAACAGAUAUAAUAUUUGACUAAAACAUAAUAUUUCCAAAUCUUGCUUACGUUUGUAUACGAUCACAUAUAUCUCUCUAUAAUGUGUGGGAAUACUUUGGAACAGAUUACCAAAAUGAAAUCACUUGGAGCUGAUUUGCUGGUGUUUUUACAGUCUUAUGUCCAACAACAAAAAUAAAUAAAUAUAUAUACAGUGCCUUUAGAAAUUAUUCACACCCCUUUACUUUUUCCACAUUUUGUUGUGUUACAAGGUGGGAUUAAAAUGGAUUUAAUUGUAAUUUUUUGUCAACGAUCGACACAAAAUACUCUGUCAAAGUGGAAAAAGAUUCUAACAUUUGUAAAAUAAAUAGAAAAGUAAUCAUCAAUACAUGUUAGAAUCACCUUUGGCAGCAAUUACAGCUGUGAGUAUUUCUGGGUAAGUCUAAGAGCUUUGCACACCUGGAUUGUACAGUAAUUGGACAUUAUUCUUUUUUAAAUUCAUCAAGCUAUGUCAAGUUGGUUGUUGAUCAUUGCUAGACAGCCAUUUUCAAGUCUUGCCAUAGAUUUUCAAGCCGAUUUAGGUCAAAACUGUAACUAGGCCACUCAGGAACAUUCAAUGUCGUCUUGGUAAGCAACUCCAGUGUAUAUUUGGUCUUGUGUUUUCUGUUAUUGUCCUGCUGAAAAGUGAAUUUGUCUCCCUGUGUCUAUUGGAAAGCAGACUCAACCAGGGUUUUUUCUAGGAUUUUGCCUUUGCUUAGCUCUAUUCCGUUUCUUUUUAUCCUAAGAAACUCCCUAGUCCUUGCCGAUGACAAGCAUACCCAUAACAUGAUGCAGCCACCACCAUGCUUGAAAAUAUGAAUAGGGGUACUCAAUGAUGUGUUGUUUGAUUUGCCCCAAACAUCAUUCUUUGUAUUCAGGACAUAAAGUUAAUUUCUUAUAUAUUUUUUUUGCAGUUUUACUUUAGUGCCUUAUUGCAAACAGGAUGCAUGUUUUGGAAUAUUUGUAUUCUGUACAGGCUUCUUUCUUUUCACUCUAUCAUUUAGAUUAGUAUUAUUGAGUAACUACAAUGUUGUUAAUCCAUCCUCAGUUUUCUCCUAUCACAGCCAUGAAACUCUGGAACUGGUUUAAAGUCACCAUUGGCCUCAUGGUGAAAUUCCUGAGCGGUUUCCUUCCUCUCUGGCAACUGAGUUAGGAAUCCAUGCAACUUAUUAUGUGACUUGUUAAGCACAUUUUUACCCCUGAAUUUAUUUAGGCUUGCCAUAACAAAGGUGUUGAAUACUUAUUGACUCAAGUAUUUUCAGCUUUUCAUUUUUUAUUAAUUUUUAAAAAGAAAUACAAAUAUUAUUUCACUUUGACAUCUCUAUUUAAUCAAUUUUAAAUUUGGGCUGUAACACAACAAAAUGUGGAACAAGUCAAGGGGUAUGAAUACUUUCUGAAGGCACUGUAGCUAUAUACCUUUGAGGAAACAAAUGUGUAGUUUAGCAGGUUGUCAUCAUAGUAUCAAUGCUUACCUUUGCAGCAUAUAUAUUUUUUUUGCUCAGAAAACUUGGAGGGCCAAAGAAAAUCACCCGUGGGCCAAAUUCAUCCCAAGGGCCGCCAGUUUGGGAACCCUGGUAUAAUGUAUAGGUCUCUCUCUUAUGGAGCCUCUCUCUCUCUCCUUAUUUCUGUCUCUCUCUAUCAUGCUGAACAGGGCUGAGUUAACCACUUUCUCUCUCUCCCUCUCUCUGAACAGUUCAGGAUGCUGGGUUGGACGCGUUAGCCGCUGUCAUCACCCGACAGAAGCUGAUGGGUCAGGAUAUAGGCAACGAGCUGGACGAGCAGAAUGGUAAGGAGGAGUGUAUGUGUGUGUGGUACAUCUACUAUUGCUUCUGCGACCUACUCUGCAUCAAUCAGAUAAGUCCACCCUACAUUUCUCCCCUACAGUAAGACGCAAGCUCUUUAUCAUAUUGUGUGUGUGUGUGUGUGUGUGUGUGUGUCUCCCUAAGAAGGGGAGGGUGUAUAUAGUUCAUACAUAGUUCUACCAGCCACACACUAGACCAGCCGCCACACCCUACUCCAAGUCACCGUGUGAAAUCAAUCAGACACGCUAUUACUCCAGUCAUGGAACAGGGGUCAGUCAUGUAAUACCGUUUACAUGCUGCUCCAAACCACCUUGGUCAGGGUCACAGAAUAAAAUAAAGUGUUCAUCCCAAAUGGCACCCUAUUCCCUGGUCAAAAAUAGUGCACUAUAUAGGGAAUAGGGUGCCAUUUGGGACGCAGGCGAUGUAUCUCUAUGGUUAAAGUGACCUCAUGGUGAGCUCUCAGAAAACGUCUAGCCGUCCUUAGAAAAGAGCUCUGCUGGUGGUGGAUAUGUGACUGUGUCAGGCUGUAUAGUCUGGUUAGGAGGAAUGUGAGCUCCUGACGCACUGUUUUAAUGCGUUUGCGGAGAGAGUCAAGUGCUGUCCUGGAAUCAGAUCUGCUUUGAGGUAAUGGCUGUGUUGCUGUAAAUAGCUCUGUCAUAGGAGGCAGACGGCGGGCAGGACGCAGGUCUGAGCAUAUCGCUCCGGUUUGUCUACAGAUGGAGGCACUUGAGAAAAGGUUGUAGGAUGCAUGAUAAUCAUCAUCUGUCUCGCAGAACCAUUAGAUAGUGGUCCUCUGUAGCUCAGCUGGUAGAGCACGGCGCUUGUAACGCCAGGGUAGUGGGUUCGAUCCCCGGGACCACCCAUACACAAAAAAAAAGAUGCACGCAUGACUGUAAGUCGCUUUGGAUAAAAGCGUCUGCUAAAUGGCAUAUUAUAUAUAUUAUAUUAUUAUAUAUCUCAUUGUUUCCUCAACUGUACACUCUACAUCUCAACUCUACAUUUCUUAGUUGUAUCCACAAGAGACUCCAGUGUUGCCUGAUUAUUUGUUUUAAAGGUCCAAUGCAGCAGCUUUUAUCUCAAUAUCAAAUCAUUUCUGGGUAACAUUUAAGUACCUUACUGUGAUUGUUUUCAAUAAAAACAAUCAAAAAGAAACAAAAAUAACUUCUUAGCAAAUAACCAUUUCUUAAGAAACAAUUUUGCUAGGACUGUCUGUGAGUGGUCUGAGUGGGGAAAACUAGCUGUUAUUGGCAGAGAGGUUUGGGACUCUGUUUCUUAUGGGUCUAUUAACUCAUUUACCAUCUGGUGAUGUCACCAGGCAGUCCAAACAGGCAGAAAUUUCAGGCUGCCUUUUCAAACAACUCUUACACUAAAAGAAUUUCACAGUAUUAUUCCAACCUCCUAGUGUGGAAAUAUAUUUAAAACACAGGAAAAUUUUGUUUUUGACUGCACUGGGCAUUUAAAAAAAAAAAACGACCUCUUGUCACUUUUGGCCUUUGUCUCCUUUCAAAGCGAUGUUUUCUGAGAACAGAAUAUGUUAGGGCCCUCUUGACAUGUGGAGGACACCCAAAGCCUAUAGGAGGUAGAAGAAGAUCGAGAGGGACUUGUUACAGGCUUGAUGUCACUGUUUAGUGACUGUAGAGCGUGUAGAGGGAGUGUGCUUAGUGGUCUGAUAGAGGAAUGUUACACUGAGUUCAUUAGUUCCUGCUUGCUGUUCUUGGCAUGUCCCGGGCACACCACAAUGCCACAACCCUGGGGGCCAGACAAUUAGUGGGCCGUUGGACUAAAUGGUGCUUUUCUUUCUCCCGCCAUGAGCACAAUGUGAUGACAUGAUUGAUGUUCUCUCCCUAAAGAGCCCAGACCCCUUCCUCUGGGGCAUUGGAAAUGUAGGCUAUAUCCCAAUAAUGUUAAAUAACUUCUUAGUUAUCUUGUUUUAGCCAUAGCCCCAAAAUCACACCAUAUUGUUUAUAUUCUUCAGCCGUUUUGAUGGACACCUAUGAAUAUUCAAUGCAUAUUUCCAUGUAUUUAUAGUGUGUUUAUUUUAGACGGCCAGUUCCAAGUUAGGUCAGAUGACUAUGUAUGGUCCUUUUCUGAGGCUGUACUCAAACAGGGAUGUGUAAUCGAAUGA